AUGGCAUCAGCAGUAGCCGUCCCUAGCGGCGCCGGCAAUUCUGCCUUCAAGGAUAAGGAGAAGCCCAUGGCAGUGCGCAAUGCCAACAUUCUGGCAGCUCGAGCUGUUGCCGAUGCGAUCAGAACGUCUUUGGGGCCCAGGGGUAUGGACAAGAUGACCAACGACGGAAACACCAUGUUGAAAAGUAUGAGCGUUAUGCAUCCCGCAGCAAAAAUGCUUGUCGACCUCAGUGCUGCUCAGGAUAUCGAAGCCGGUGAUGGAACAACCUCUGUCGUCGUAAUCGCUGGCAGUCUGCUCGGUGCUGCCGACCGACUGUUGUCGAAGGGUAUCCAUCCUACAAUUAUUUCCGAGUCCUUCCAAAGAGCAGCAGCAGCCGCUGUAAACAUUCUUCACGAUAUGUCACAGCCCAUCUCCCUGUCAGACCGAACCACCCUUUUGCAAGCCGCGUCGACUUCCCUUUCAUCCAAGAUCGUUUCACAACACUCAAAUCUCCUCGGACCUAUGGCCGUCGACUCUGUUCUCAAGGUCAUUGACCCCAAGACCGCAGACAAUGUUGAUCUCCGGGAUAUCCGUAUCAUCAAGAAAGUUGGUGGCACAAUCGAGGAUAGCGAGAUGGUGGAAGGCUUGGUUUUGAACCAACCUGUCAUCAAGAGCGGAGGUGGCCCUACACGAAUUGAAAAGGCUCGGAUAGCCUUGAUUCAGUUCCAACUCAGUCCGCCUAAGCCAGACAUGGAAAAUCAAAUCGUCGUCAAUGACUACCGACAGAUGGAUAAGAUCCUCAAAGAGGAACGGCAAUACCUCCUCAACAUGGUCAAGAAGAUCCAAAAGGCCAAAUGCAAUGUUCUCCUUAUCCAGAAAUCUAUUCUCCGAGACGCAGUGAACGAUCUAUCUCUCCACUUCCUUUCCCGUCUUAAAAUCCUUGCGGUGAAGGACAUUGAGCGUGAUGAGGUCGAGUUCUUGUGCAAGAGCUUGGGAUGCAAGCCAAUUGCCAACAUCGACUCUUUCACGGAGGACAAGUUGGGAACCGCCGAUGUUGUGGAAGAAGUUCAGGCCUCGGGAGCUCGUUACGUCAAGGUCACCGGCAUCAAAGCCUCUGCUUCUACAAGCCAGACCGUCUCGAUUGUAGCUCGCGGAGCCAACAACCUCAUUUUAGACGAAGCAGAACGAUCUUUGCACGAUGCCCUAUGUGUUAUUCGCUGCUUGGUCAAGAAGAGAGCCCUUAUUGCUGGUGGUGGUGCUCCAGAAAUUGAAGUCGCCAAUCAACUUGCAUUGAAAGCUCGUGAACUUAGCGGCACAGAAGCUAUCUGCUGGAAAGCUUUUGCAGAUGCCAUGGAAGUCAUCCCGACUACGCUUGCCGAGAAUGCAGGUCUAAACUCGAUCAAGGUGGUUACUGAACUUCGCCACCGACAUGCACAGGGCGAACACAACGCUGGUGUUAGCAUUCGCAGCGGCGGUGUGAAGGAUAAUAUUACGGAAGAGAAGGUAUUGCAACCUCUGCUCGUCAGCACAAGUGCCAUCGAACUCGCGGCGGAAACAGUGAAGAUGAUUCUCAGAAUUGAUGACAUCGCUCUUUCCAGAUAA